UCUAUCAUCAUCUCAGCGUUGGCCUCGCCACCAACACAAAAUACUAGCUGGGCAUUUUCUGGUGACGAUCCAUUGCUUGAGAUGAUUGCGGAGACCAAAUGUCUUGUAGAUGAGCCACAUAACAUUAAUUCUGAAUCAUCUCCUAAGGAAGUAAAGUCUUUCAAAGAGCAUUUUACCUGUAUGCAUAAGCAUACAUAUGGAGAAAAUGAUACUAAUCCAAAUAAAUUGAUAAUUGAUAAACUUAAAGUGUUAUUAGAUCAUUAUCAACGAAUGAAUGAUGAAUGGAGGACUUUAAGCUAUCGAAAAGCUAUUUCUGCGAUUAAGAGACAAAAAGGGCCGAUUACUUCUUAUCAAGAAGCUAUAGAAAUUCGUGGUAUAGGACAUCGUACUGCUGAAAAGAUUGCAGAAAUUGUUAAUACAGGAAAUCUGAGAAGGGUACAAAAUUUUUCAAAAGACGAAGAAAUUAUUAAAAAGUUUAGUGAUAUUUGGGGUGUAGGAUCGGCUAUUGCCAUGAAAUGGUUUGCUAAAGGUUAUAGAACUUUUGAUGAUAUUCUUCAAAAUGUCAAACUUUCACGUGUACAACGCAUUGGAAUUGAAUGUUUUGACGAUCUCCGUGAAAGAAUUCCACGUGAUGAAGUAACAGAAAUUUCAAAACGCGUAGAGGAAGCGGCUUGUAAAAUAGACCCCAGAUUAUUAUGUAUUACCGUCGGAUCUUAUAUAAGGGGUCUACCGACUUCUGGGGACAUUGACAUUUUAAUAACCAGAAAUAAUUCAGAUGGAAAAACAAAUUCGGGUCACUUUUUAAAGUUGCUCAAUCAGCUACGCGAACAAGAACUAUUGACACAUGACCUCACACAACUUAAUGAAGAAAAUAAUACGUCAAGAUACUUUGGAAUUUGUAAGCUACCCGGUGGAAAAUAUCGUCGAAUAGAUUUUUUCGUCGUGCCAUUUAAUGAAUUAGGUGCGGCAUUAUUAUCUUAUACAGGAAAUGAUGUUUUUAAUCGAAGCAUAAGAUUAUUCGCAAGGAAACAGAAAAUGAAAUUGAAUAGUCACGGUUUAUAUAAAAAUAUAUCUAGAGGACGUGGUUGUGAUACUUUGAAUGAAGGAACAUUAAUCGCACAAAGAACCGAAAGAGAAAUAUUUGAUGCUUUGGGGGUUCCAUGGCGGUAG